AUGGCGCAGCGCCGCCUCACCGACUUCUUCGCCCGCCGCCGGCCCGCGCCCCGCGCCCCCGCGCCGCGGGCCAAGCCGUCCUGGCGCACCCCGAGCCCCGCCACGCCCGCGCCCCGCGCCGCGGGCAGCAGCCGCAAGCGCCCGCCCGCCCGCCGACCCCGCCGCCCGCGAGGGCCCCGCGCCCCCCGCGCGCAGGAGGCUGCGGCUGCCGGCCGGGCCCGCGCCCUGCCCCGGCCCGCGGCCCAGGAGCACGAGGUCCCCGCCAGGCCCACGGCCUCUGAGCUCAGGGCGUGCCUGCGGCGGGCCCGGGAGCUGAGCGCCAGAGCCCUGAAGGACGACGCAGGGGAGCCCAGCACCCCCGAGGCCGAGGGGCACCCGGCAGAGCCAUGUGGAGGGACCCCGCCCGCCUACCAGCGCUUCCACGCCCUCGCCCAGCCGGGCCCCCCCGGGCUCGUGCUGCCCUACAAGUACCAGGUGCUGGCCGAGAUGUUCCGCAGCAUGGACACCAUCGUGGGCAUGCUCUUCAACCGCUCCGAGACCGUCACCUUUGCCAAGGUCAAGCAGGGCGUACAGGACAUGAUGCGCAAGCGUUUCGAGGAGCGUAACGUGGGCCAGAUCAAGACCGUGUACCCCUCAUCCUACCGCUUCCGCCAGGAGCGCCACGUCCCCACCUUCACCGACGGCGUCCGGAAGGCUGACUACCAGCUGACCAUCGAGCCGCUGCUUGACUCAGAGGCAGACGGCACAGCCCCCCAGCUCUCGGCUUCCUGCCUCCUGCACCGGCGGCAGGUCUUCAGCCAGAACCUGGUAGCUCGCGUGCGGGAGCACCACAGGGCCUUCCUGGCUUCCCUGGACCCCCCCAUGGUAGUGCCUGAAGACCAGCUGACACGCUGGCACCCCCGCUUCAAUGUGGACGAGGUACCUGACAUCGAGCCAGCCGAGCUGCCCCAACCGCCCAGCACCGAGAAGCUGGCCACCGCCCAGGAGGUGCUGGCCCGCCGCAGCCUGAUGCCGCCCAGGAUGGAGCAGGCCCUGAGUGACCUGGCCCUGCGCACAGCUCAGCCUGGCAGCCCAGGGCCCCCCAGCACGCCCCUGCCGGUUACACCGCCAGCCACGCCAGCCACUGCCCUGAAGGGGGUGUCUCAGGACUUGCUGGAGCGGGUCCGGGCCAAGGCAGCACAGAGGCAGCUGGCGCAGAUGACGCGGCGCCCAGAGCAGGAGCAGCGGCUGCAGCAGCUGGAGCGGCUGCCCGCGCUGGCGCGCCUGCUGCGCGGCAUCUUUGUGUCGGAGCGCAGGCCGGCGCUCAGCAUGGAGGUGGCUUGUGCCAGGAUGGUGGGCAGCUACGGCACGGCCCUUAGCCACGGGGAGAUGGAGAAGCACGUGCUGCUCCUCUCCGAACUGCUGCCCGACUGGCUGAGCCUGCACCGCAUCCGCUCGGACACCUACGUGAAGCUGGACAAGGCUGCCGACUUGGCGGACGUCACUAGGAAGCUGGGCCGUGUGGCCAAGGCGGAGGCUGCAUUGUGAGCCGUGGCCCCCCCCCACCUCGCCGGGCUUUUAUCCCUUGCACGGAGGCGCCAAGUUCACUCCACCGCAGACCGCCUCGCCGAGGCCGCCUCUGCCCGGCCGGCCUGGGCUCCCGGCCUGGGGCCCGCCACGUGCACGAUUGUCAUUAAACUGAUUUGCUGGUGACUGGUCUCUGCUGCCGUGGGGUGGUGUCCGAGCCCAGCCCCGUGCUGCUCUUCAGGGCGGGGGGCUUUGCCGCGGAUAUGUUGAAUGACGCCCCUAGAGAGAUCUGUGUAUUGAUGCAGGAUGGGGCGA